UCUGACUUUUCUACCCUCCUCAUCUUCAGUGUUGUGUAUGGCUGCAGCACACCAUCGGUAACCUCUCCCUCCUUCCUUCCCACUGUCACUGAACUUAAACCUCUUUCUUGGCGUGCCUCUCUCCUCAACCUCACCGGCGACAACCUUCGCUCCUUCUUACCAUCGGCAACCGCCAUCAACAGCACACCAUUUGAACCAAAACUGAUUUGCGACCUGCACGCAAACCAACAGCACUUGUUCAAUCAUCCAAAUGCUUCAUUGUUGCUUAGCUCAGUCUCUCGUUCCAAUGUUGAAAAAAGGAGCAAAUUAUGAUUUCUGGAGUCUGAAAAUGAAGACCAUGUUCAAGUCUCGAGAGCUAUGGGAUAUGGUGGAGAAAGGAUUCAUAGACAACCAAACUGAGGAGCCUGAUCAACCAUUGCGAGAGAAUCGGAAGAAGGAUGCAAAGGCCCUGUUUUUGAUUCAACAAGCUCUACAUGAUGAAAUAUUUCCUCUCAUUGCAUCAGCAACUACAUCCACCCAAGCAUGGGAGAUUCUAAAGCAAGAAUAUUCCCGUAACAAGAAGGAAACUAGUAUAACCAUGCACAGCAACUCUGAAGCCCCCAAAAAUAAGAACAAGGAAGUAUGGAGGGAAUCAGCAACAAGAAGAGAUGCAAAGAAAGAAAAGGAAGAAGAUUUUGAGAAUGCAAUACUAGUUGUGGUGACAUUAAUCAUAACGUUGACAUACCAAGCUUUGUUGGAUUCAACAACUCUUCAACAAGGAACUGAAAUACAAUGGGAUGCCUUUUUUCCAGAAAACAAGGUUUGAUAAACGACAUGAAGAACUGUCCUGCUAAACUGGCCUUUGCGUUCUUGUUCCUCAACACAUUGAUCUUCUCGCAUUCAAUCCUUGUCCUGCUCUUGACUCUGUGUGGCCGUCGUGGAUUUCUGAUGUCGGGUCUCACAAUGUACUUCACUGUUUGUUACUUCAUCUUGCUUAUGGCUUUCUCUUAUUAUACUGCUUAUGUUGCUA